AUGGCGCCGGAGCCGAAGGAGACGGCGGCGGGGGCGGGAGCCGACGGCGGGAAGAGCUUCGCGAGGAGAGAUCUUCUUCGGAGCAUCGAGCGGGCGGUCCAGCGGCGGUGGGAGGAGGCGGAGGUGUUCAAGGCGGAUUCGCGGCCGGCGGCGCCGGCGCCGGAGGAGAAGUUCUUCGGCAACUUCCCCUAUCCGUACAUGAACGGAUCCCUCCACCUCGGCCAUGGCUUCUCCUUGUCGAAGCUCGAGUUCGCCUCCGCCUUCCACCGCCUCUGCGGCCGCAACGUCCUCCUCCCGUUCGCCUUCCAUUGCACGGGGAUGCCGAUCAAGGCCUCCGCCGACAAGCUCGCCCGCGAGAUCAAGCAGUUCGGCAACCCGCCGGUGUUUCCCGAUCCCGAUGCAAGAGCGGCGGAAGAGGAGAAUCCCCCCGUCGCCGGCGAUGGCGACGGCGACCAGGCAGCGCCGGACAAGUUCAAGAGCAAGAGAUCGAAAGCGGCUGCCAAAUCCGGUGGCGACAAGCACCAGUGGGACAUCAUGAAGAGCUUCGGCCUGUCAGAGACCGAGAUCUCGAGCUUCCAAGAUCCGUACCACUGGUUGAGCCACUUCCCCCCACUGGCGAAGGAAGACCUCAGGGCCUUCGGCUUGGGCUGCGACUGGCGGCGCUCCUUCAUCACCACCGACAUGAACCCCUUCUACGACUCCUUCGUUCGGUGGCAGAUGAGGAAGCUCAAGGCCAUGGGAAAGAUUGUGAAGGCCGUGAGGUACGCUAUCUACUCCCCCCUCGACGGCCAGCCCUGCGCAGACCACGACCGCGCCACCGGCGAAGGCGUCCAGCCCCAGGACUACGUCCUGAUCAAGAUGGAGGUCCUCCCCCCCUUCACGGGGAAGAUGAAGGCCCUGGAAGGGAAGCGGGUGUUCCUCGCCGCCGCCACUCUCCGGCCGGAGACCAUGUACGGGCAGACCAACUGCUGGGUGUUGCCCGAGGGAAAGUACGGCGCCUACGAGGUCAACGACAGCGAGGUCUUCGUCCUCACCGCGCGGGCGGCGCUCAAUCUGGCGUACCAGAGGCUCUCCAGGGUCCCUGAGAAGCCCACCUGCCUCGUGGAGCUCUCCGGGCAGGACCUCAUCGGAUUGCCUCUGAGCUCGCCGCUGUCCUUCAACAAGAUCAUCUACUCCCUGCCGAUGCUCACCAUCCUCACCGACAAGGGCACCGGGAUCGUCACCAGCGUGCCCAGCGACUCCCCCGACGAUUUCAUGGCGUUGCAGGACCUCAAGGCCAAGCCCGCUCUGCGCUCCAAGUACGGGGUGAAGGACGAGUGGGUCCUCCCCUUCGAGGUGAUCCCCAUCAUCAGGAUCCCCGAGUUCGGCGAUAAGGCGGCGGAGAAGGUCUGCACCGAUCUGAAGAUCAGGAGCCAGAACGACAAGGAGAAGCUCGCGGAGGCCAAGAGGCUCACCUACCUGAAGGGCUUCACGGAGGGGACCAUGCUGGUGGGGGAGUUCGCGGGGAAAAUGGUGCAGGAGGCGAAGCCGCUGAUAAGGAGCGCCCUGCUGGCCGGCGGCGCCGCCGUGAUGUACAGCGAGCCGGAGCGGCGGGUGACCUCCCGCUCGGGGGAUGACUGCGUGGUGGCGCUCACCGAUCAGUGGUACAUCACCUACGGUGAGGAGGAGUGGAGGAAGAAGGCGGAGACCUGCUUGGCGGCGAUGAACCUCUUCUCCGACGAGACCAGGCACGGCUUCGAGCACACCCUCAGCUGGCUGAACCAGUGGGCCUGCUCGAGAUCCUUCGGCCUCGGCACCCGCAUCCCAUGGGACGAGCAGUUCCUGGUGGAGUCCCUCUCCGAUUCCACCCUCUACAUGGCCUACUACACCGUCGCCCACCUCCUGCAGAACGGCGACAUGUACGGCGGUGGCGGCGAGGCCUCGGCGGUGAGGCCGGGGCAGAUGACGGACGAGGUAUGGGACUUCGUGUUCAGCGGCGGCGCCACCCCAGAGUCCAGCGAGCUGCCGGCGGCGCUGCUCCGGCAGAUGAAGCAGGAGUUCGAGUACUGGUACCCCUUCGACCUGAGGGUGUCGGGGAAGGAUCUGAUCCAGAACCACCUCACGUUCUGCAUCUACAACCACACGGCCCUGCUGCCGGAGCGGCAGUGGCCGCUAGGGUUCCGCUGCAACGGUCACAUCAUGCUGAACUCGGAGAAGAUGUCCAAGUCCACGGGCAACUUCAAGACGCUGCGGCAGGCCAUCGAGGAGUACUCCGCCGACGCCACGAGGUUCUCCCUCGCCGACGCCGGCGACGGCAUGGACGACGCCAACUUCGUCACCGACACCGCCAACGCCGCCAUCCUGCGGUUGACCAAGGAGCUGACGUGGAUGGAAGAGGUGCUGGCGACGGAGGAGACCCUCCGGCGGGGCCCGCCGUUGACCUAUGCCGACCGGGUCUUCGCCAACGAGAUCAACAUCGCCGUCUGCGCCGCCAAGCAGAGCUACCGCGACGUCAUGUUCAGGGAGGCCCUGAAGACGGGCUUCUACGACCUCCAGGCUGCGAGGGACGAGUACCGCCUCUCCUGCGGCGGCGCCGCCAUGAACCGCGACCUUCUGUGGCGCUUCAUGGACGCUCAGACGAGGAUCCUCGCCCCUAUCUGCCCCCACUACGCGGAGCACGUCUGGAAGGAGAUCCUCCGGCGAGACGGCUUCGUGGUGACGGCGGGAUGGCCACCGGCGGACGCCCCCGACCCCACCCUCAAGCGCGCCAACAGGUACCUCCAAGACACCAUCGCCCUCAUGCGCAAGCUCAAGGAGAAGCAGGAGUUCGGCGCGAAGAAGCCCAAAAAGGGCGGCGGAGCAGCGGCAGCGCCCCAGGUGGAGCAGCGCCGCCUCAGCGCGGGGCUGAUCUACGUCAACGAGCAGUACGACGGAUGGAAGGAGGGCUGCCUCCGGAUUCUCCGGAGCAAGUACGACCUCGCCAGCCGCUCCUUCGCCCCCGACCAGGAGAUCCUCGAAUCUCUGAAGGGAAUCCAGCUGGAGGACAAGACAUUCAAGCAGCUGCAGAAGGAGUGCAUGCCCUUCGUCAAGUUCAAGAAGGACGAAGUCAACUCUGUGGGCCCACAGGCACUUGACCUGCGGCUGCCAUUCGGCGAGUUGGAGGUGCUCUCCGAGAACGUUGACCUCAUCAGGCGACAGCUCCAGCUGGAGCAUCUGGAGGUCCUGAGCUUCACUGACGGCACCGCCGUGGAGAGGGCGGGGCCCUACAGGGAUCUGCUGCUGCAGAACCGCCCAUCCCCGGGCAGCCCCGCCGCCAUUUUCUUGGGAGGCGCCGACUUGCAACCGGCGGCGUAG